GUAGAUUUUCAAUAUGCAAAGAAUAUUAUGUUGAUGUUGAACAACUUAAUGUUAAAUUUCUCAAUGGUUGCAACAAAAUAUACACAUACAAUAAAAAUCACAAAAGCUCCAUGUCAAAGUUCAAAAUUUCAAUGAAUUAAGAAAAUUUUAAGCCCAUUCAAGUUAAAAGAAAUCUUUGGAGUUUGAUAAGAUGUGAGUUAUUGCCAUUCCCCUUUCAUAUAAUAAGAUAAGAAAUCUGAAGAUGUAUGUUGUACUAGUCGAGAUUAGUAUGAGAAUAUUCAAGUACAGUAUAUUAUUCAUUUAUUAUUCAAGUAUGAGGUAUGUGAGAAAGUAAAAGAUAACAUUCACUUUCACUUUUACUUUUAUGUUUGUGCAAUAAAGUACUAGAAGAUCUUGAUGAAGUCGGUUGAAUGAGUACGGUAACUGUAACCAAAGGACUAUCUGAAGGACAUGGACUUAUUCACAUAAAACCACUCUAAAACCUUAAUAUCGAGUAUAACUGAUGAAAGACCGGAUUUCGUGGUUGAAGGAUACACGGUGCUUGGAGUACUGUACUCCAUGUUCACAGUCACAUUAUGGAUGGCCCCUUCAAUAGUUGCAGUUAUUGGCAUCAGAAGUUCAUUUCUUUUCGCCUCAAUCGGUUAUACACUAUACAUAAUUGCAUUCAACGUAGAAGAAGCAUGGGCGAUCUAUGGAGGAGCAAUGCUCUGUGGAUUUGGAGCAGGAAUACUGUGGACAGCAGAAGGCAAAUAUCUCGUUCAAAACUCCGACCAAAGAUUGAUGGCAAGGAAUGUUGGAAUAUUUUGGGUGUUUUUCGCCUUAUCAACAUUCUACGGAAAUAUCUACGCAUAUUUCGAGCUAGAUGGAAAAGUAUACAUUGACAGAGCAACACGCCAUCUUUUGAUCUACGUUUUGACAGGCAUAUCAAGCGUAUCCAUAUUGAUGUUCAUGCUGUUGAGACCAGUGAAAAAAGAACAGGAAAUAGCAGAGUCAGAAGGGCCUAUCACAGCGCUGAAGAAGACAUGGGCUGUUUUCACCACAAAGGAUAUGCUGAUUCUCUGUAUAAUGUUCCUAUAUGUUGGUAUGCAACAAGCCUUCGUAACUGGAAUCUACAGCCCGUGUAUUGGAUUCACAUUAAAAUUCGGCACAGUAUCCAAACAACUGGUUCCUCUCUCUGGUCUUUGCAGCGGCGUGGGGAGCUUGAUAGGAGGAUCAACUCAAAUCCUGAUGAGCGACCGAAUUAGCCAGUACAGAGCAGGACGCAGCGUGGCAGCUCUGGUUGGUUUCGCAUCUCAGCUGCUAGCAUACUCUCUAAUUUUAUUGAAUUUGCCCAAUUCAUCAGUGUUCGGAAACACAAAUGAGUUGGCCAUCAUUGAGAGCAGUACUUACAUUGCAUUGGCGUGCAGUGUCCUUCUGGGGUUGGGAGACAGCUGCUACAACACUCAGAUCUACUCGUUGAUGGCUGAGAUGUUUCCCCACGACAGUGCGCAGUCAUGUGCUCUCUACACAUUCACCAAGGGAAUUCUUGUGGCAGCAAGUUUCUAUUGCUCAAACAGCCUGGGUCUGUACACCCAGCUGGCCAUUCUAGCCCCCAGUGCAGCAGCAGCUGCCGUUGUCUACUGCUAUGUCGACAGGAUAACUGUGCAGAGGACAAGACCUCAACUCAAAAUACCUAUUAGUCCCAGUGAGGAGUUGGUUGGUCCAGCGUAGUUUCCAUUUUUGCGUUGCAAUCAAACUUGUACAAAUUUUGUAUUUUCUACUAUUGUUAUUUUGCGGUUAGAUUCAUUAGCGUUAGAACAUUCCAAGGAUGAAACAAUGAUGUAGUUUCUAGUUUUUCAUUAACUUCGUGCACAUUCAAUAUAUUUUUUUCUACAAAUACCGUAAUAGUUAUAAUAGUCCACAUCUAGAGUUAUAAUACUCUUUCUACGAGUUUUACAAGUAAUCUAAGAAUGUAUAUCAAUAAAUAUAUAUAUAACGGAAAAAACUUUAAAGUUUUAUAAUAUAAAUUUAAACAGGAUACACAAGUCACGGAUAGAUUAAAAACACUUGAAAACUUACAUUUUAACGAAAAUCUAUCCCUUUGGGGGAAGUCACUGUGACUUCCUGUUUGAUUGACAAAGGGGGCCCAGCUCCCGAAAAUUUUCGUUUAAAAAUAAAUAUAUAUAGGUAGGUAUUUGAUUUCUGAAGAUAAUGAAAUAAGCUAUUAUAUAGCUCACAUUUCCAUAACCUAUUUUGAUUACAGUAUAACCUCAGAACUGGGCACACUGCUGAUAAUGUUAAACAAAAAUUCUGUGAUAGAGAAAAAACAAGCUUUAAAAUUGUUGAAACUGAAACUUCUGUUACCGAUACCUAUAAGGCGUUUUAUUACAGUAUUUUUCCUAUAAAUAUUUUGAAAACUGGAAAACUAACAUGACUCUGUAUAUGCUAUUAAACCUAUUUCAAAAUGA